AUGAACUUUGUCAAGAUUUUUUGGAUUGGAAUUUCGUACCUCGUGGCUAUCUGGACUAUCUGUGUGGCAGUGCCGCUUCUAAGUUAUGAAGGUUUGUGGUACUGUUCUGUCAGAUAUGACCUGUUUACAAGGAACGUUGCCUCCGCCUCAGCAAUGAAUCACGCUUAAUUUAAUUCAGAGACGUGUUUGAUGUCAACAAGUUUUUGAUUCGAUUCAUUGCAAAGGGCAGGGCUAGACUUAAAUUUGUUAGCUUUAUGCUUAAUUAGCCUCUAGGCAGUAGCUAACUGUGAAUCUGUCUGGCAUGUCAAAGAGAUUAAAAUUAGUGAAGCGAUUACUCGAUCUUGUUCUAAAUGUCGUUUCACUUAAAGAUCCUCUCAAAGAUAAAGAUAGAAAAAUAUUCUGUCCCAUGCAAGUGUUGCAUAAAAAACCAGAGUUUUCAAAAGAGGGUGUGUCUUUGUCUCUGAUUCAUCCAAAACCUCUUCCUGUAUCUCUUUCCGUACGUUUUUCACUAAAUUGUCUACUAAAGAUCCCAGCUUGGCGGAGCCAUGUCCAGCCCUGGCCAUGAAAUCCAGAGUUUCUUCACUUCUUACUUAGUUCCACACUUCUCAGAGGUGUGGAAGUGUGGAGUAGUCCGACAAAGUAAGGAUAUUGUCGCACUUUUCCCCCAGUCAUGAACCCUUUGUCAUUCUUUACUUAGUUCUACACUUCUCAGAGGUCUGGAAGUGUGGAAUAGUCCGACAAAGUAAGGAUAUUGUCGCACUUUUCCCCCAGUCAUGAACCCUUUGUCAUUCUUUACUUAGUUCUACACUUCCCAGAGGUCUGGAAGUGUGGAAAAGUCUGACAAAGUAAGGGUAUUGUCGCACUUUUCCCCCAGUCAUGAACCCUUUGUCAUUCUUUACUUAGUUCUACACUUCCCAGAGGUCUGGAAGUGUGGAAUAGUCCGACAAAGUAAGGAUAUUGUUGCACUUUUCCCCCAGUCAUGAACCCCUUGUCAUUCUUUACUUAGUUCUACACUUCCCAGAGGUCUGGAAGUGUGGAAAAGUCUGACAAAGUAAGGAUAUUGUCGCACUUUUCCCCCAGUCAUGAACCCUUUGUCAUUCUUUACUUAGUUCUACACUUCCCAGAGGUCUGGAAGUGUGGAAUAGUCCGACAAAGUAAGGAUAUUGUUGCACUUUUCCCCCAGUCAUGAACCCCUUGUCAUUCUUUACUUAGUUCUACACUUCUCAGAGGUCUGGAAGUGUGGAAAAGUCCGACAAAGUAAGGAUAUUGUCGCACUUUUCCCCCUGUUAAGAACCCCUUGUCAUUCUUUACUUAGUUCGACUUUUCCACACUUCCACACCUCUGAGAAGUGUGGAACUAAGUAAAGAAUUACAAGGGAUUAGUGCCUGUGGGAAAAGUGCGACAAUAUCCUUACUUUGUCAGACUUUUCCACACUUCCACACCUUUGAGAAGUGUGGAACUAAUGAUGAAAAAGGAAAGUAGGGAUCUUGUGGCCAGCACUGGACAUUUGUGCUUUAAUUACUCCUAUAUAACUACAAAAUUUUAUUCUCAUGUAGACAACGAAUGUACAUACAAUUGAUUAUAUUUAAAAAGCAUUCGAUUGUCUGUAUCUAAAUUCCCAGUGCAAUGUGCUCUGUUCCUACCGAUUUCGUUGGACUAAAUCGAUGAAAAUGCAUGCUGUAUUCUGUAGAUACUUUCAUGGCAACAUAAAUUGAGCAAAAUCCUACCUAAUCGUAUUGAACACGAAGUUUUGUCUGAGUUUUUUUUUUUAUCAACGAAUGAGAUGUUUUAAUUUGCUUUCUUUAUUUCUGAAAAAAGUCUGUCAAAAUCCCCAAGGAUAGCUACCUGCAUUGAAGCAGUCAGCAGUCUGAAUAUUUUUGCACUAUAUACCUAUACCGUUUAUGGAUCCUUUAUAUUUUUUCGAAUGUAUCAAUGAAAGUAUCAAAUAUGAAAAAAAAAAGGUUUUCGCAUUGUAUAGUAUGUCGUGAGAAAUGUUUUUUAAACUUGAAGUUACAGUAAAUUAACUAGACCGCUUUUGUCAUAUAUAUACACAGGGCCGAUUCAAGAGCGGAUCAAUCCCCAUCGCCAGUUUUCAUUUUGAUGUGAAAUCGUAUUUAACUUCUUUUCGAGACAUAAUUCACUUUUGACUAGAAAUCCUUUUUUGUUGGUGUUCAAAGUUUCUGAGUUUUACAGUAAUGUUUUGGUUACAUGUAUAUUCAUCUACAGAUGAUGACUUUGGAGCAAUUCCCCUUAUCAGGCCUCAAGGCGUGCUGAAUCCAAAGCUGAAGACAGAGGUGCGGCGAUUAAUGGUGGGUUGGUUAUAGUUACUACUGAUAGAGCGGUUUUCACUUGACUGUCGAAAAGGGAUUGGUUUUGGUUUUGGUUUUGGUUUUACUACGCCCUUUGGUUGGCUAGUGUAUUUACUUUGGUUUUGAUUUUACGACAGUCAAGUGAAAACCGCUCUAUAAACAUUGUUAGUCAAAUUUUGCCACCACUACAUUUUUCAUUUUGUUCCUUUGCAUAAGACUCUAAAGCCACCAACCGGCCGAGUAUGAUGGAAUCCAAACUCCUCUUCAUUAAACUUUCAGGGCUAUUGUAAUUACUAAAAGUUAUGAAAACAUACCACCACAGAGAAAGUGUUUUGUCGUCUGACAAAUUAUGUAACCAUAACUCCAUUUUUUUUUUUUUUUACAAAAUUACGAUCAACUUUCAAAAAGAUGAAAUAAUAUAAAGUAAUUUAGCUUAAAUAUGUCGCUGCCCCUGACUGUGACUGUGAUUUAACAACAAGAUAGUUUUAUGGCUUCUGAGGAUCCCACUGGGUUAGCUAACGAAUUAAAUGAUUUCUUCACUUCCGUCGGCAGUAUUACUGCUCAAAAAGCCAGGGACUUAUCUUUACAUCAUGGACUUAAUGUAAAUUUGGAUGUGCCGACUCCUUUACACAUAUCCACCGACGUUAGCCCCGAAUUAUUCGUUCUCCAUCAAGUCACGGAAAAUCAGGUAGAAAGGGUGAUUAGAAGCCUACCAUCUAACAAAGCUCCUGGAAUGGACAAGAUAUCUUCUAGAAUUCUUAAAGACAGUUUACCCAGUACGCUAACAACAAUUACCCACAUUGUGAAUAACUCCUUUGUUACCAACACAUUUGCACGUGCAUGGAAAACAGCAGAGGUUACACCUAUUCUCAAAUGCGGUAAUCCAGAUGUCCCUAACAACUAUCGCCCCAUCUCAUUAUUACCAAUAGUCUCAAAAGUCACUGAAAGGUUGGUACAUGGACAACUUAUGGAGCAUCUAAUUAGAAAUAAUAAACUGGCAGCACAUCAGAGCGGAAAUAGAAAGCUUCACUCGACAGAAACAGCUCUGUUGUACGUUACAGAUCAGUUGCUCCAGGCUAUGGAUAACAAGAAAGUUUCCAUCAUGGUCUUAUUAGAUAUGUCUAAAGCAUUUGAUAGUAUUCGACACGACAUCUUGUUAUCCAAGCUACAAAAUCUCGAUUUUUCCCAGGGUGCGUUGGAUUGGUUUCAGAGUUACCUUUCUAACCGACAACAGUGCGUUCGAAUUGGUGACGCAGUUUCUAAAGUACUCCCACUUGAGUUCGGAGUUCCGCAAGGCUCUAUUUUAGGUCCGGUUUUGUUUACAAUCUAUGUUAACGACCUCCUUUCUGUUCCUAAACGUUGUCUAUCUGCCUCCUAUGUUGAUGAUUGUAAAUUGUAUUUGUCCUUUUCACCUGCCGAAUUACCCACGUCCAUCCUCGCCUUAAACGAAGAUCUUACGAGAAUAUCUCAGUGGUGCUGUAAAAACUCUCUUUUGAUUAAUCCGGACAAAACUAAGGUUCUAGCUGUUGGAUUACCACAACUUUUAAAGAAACUGUCAUCAUUCAGUAUAACACUUUUUGACAAGGAAAUAACACCUGUGCCUGUCGUUAAGGACUUGGGUGUUCUUCUCGACACACGCCUCAGUUAUAACCAACAUAUCACUGAGAUUGCCUCUAAAUGCCUUUUUAAAUUGUACCAAAUUAACAGAAUCAAGCACCUCCUGGAUAGGAAAACACUUCUGUUAGUAAUAAAUUCAUUUGUCUUUAGUAAACUCCAAUAUUGUUCAACUGUCUGGAGUAAUACCAGCAGCAGCAAUAUUGACAAGUUACAAAAAGUCCAAAACUUUGCUGGGCGAAUUAUUCUGGGACUAAGAAAGUAUGACCAUAUUUCGGAUGGGUUGCGAUCAUUGAAAUGGCUUCCUAUUAGAGAGAAACUCAUUCUAAAUGACGCUACUAUGAUGCACAAAUGUAUUAACAAGCUUGUUCCAGACUAUCUUGCUGAUAUGUUUAAAUCACGUUCUCAAGUCCAUAAUAGACAAACUCGAUCAUCUGGUGCUUUGGAUAUACCUUUAUGUCGCCUGUCAACAGGGCAGCGCUCCUUUGCUUUCAGAGGAGCCAAACUCUGGAACUCCUUGAAUGAUAACAUUAAGUCCUUAAAAUGCCCCAGGAAUUUUAGACGUCAUCUUGCAAAUGUUUUAUUAAGUUGAUAUAUUAUAUUAUUGAUAUAUAUUUUGUAAUUAUAAUAUUAUUGUAUUUACAUUCUCAAUUAAUUUAUGUAUUUGUAUUUUUUUAUUCUAUUGAGCUGAAAAGCCCACUUAGGGAGCAUCAAUAAAGUGUAUGUAUGUAUGUAUGUAUGUAUGAUCCUGAGGCAGAAAAGAGAUAUAUUUAUUUGUUUAUUAAUUAAAUACUUGCUUUUCUUUGGGCUGAAAUAUAUGAUCCCAUCUUGUUUCAAAGAUUACUGUGCAGAAGCGUCAACAAUAGAACACCUGUUCUAGAGACACGAGAAGAAAGCCGAGGUAAAUUGCCUCUUAGGUUUUGCUAUGUAAUUUAGUAGCUGCCUCUGAAGCAAAACAACAUGGUGUGUAUAUAGUACUUCAGUGGAGAGACAAUAUAUUUUAUAGAUUGUUAAAUAUCUCAUAUCUCUCAGAUUUAUUUAUUUAUUUUUGAAGCAACUGCAUCGCAAGACACUUUGAACAGGAUCUAUUAAGCACGAAACGAAUUUAAUUUGUUUAAAGCGCAAAAAAUAUUAAAACUGAUGAAAUGAAGAAACGGUAAAACGGACAACAAACGUUUGUUCCUAUAGACGUCAGGAAGUCCCAACUUCAGGUGUCUCACAGGAAUCAAUACUGGGUCCCCUCAUCUUUACAUAUACGUGGCAGACCAGCAAGAGACCCCCCAAUGUCCGUCUCACAAAUAUGCAGAUGAUACAACCUUCUUUCUGUAUCGCUUCUCUUAAUUAAGGGUGUAACUUGGAUGAUUGUGCUUCGGAAUUCUCUCCUUGAGGGCUAUUUGGCAGAUUACAAUUAUACUCUUAACGCGUCGAAGCCUAAGUGGAUGUUACUAUCUACAAAGCACAUGUCUCGAUUGCAUAGUUUGGAAUACAUCCCAUAAAAGAGUGUUUUUCAGUUAUUCUGCAAAACAAGUUUUACGGUUUUUGCCAGUUUAUUUUUACGCCGAUACAAUGUUUACAAGAUUUUAAGGAGAGUCUGGACCCUCUUGACUGUCCUGGCAAAAGCCCCCUGCUAAACGCUGAGUACGGCUUCCAGCGUCGGUAAUUUUGCUUGAUAUUUUGUGUGGAAGAGUAACAAAAAAAAAUGAAUGAAAUGUUAAUGUAUCUGAAAGCUUUCUACUUUUCCUUUUGAACAGUGUUACAAUGGAAAUCUGACAAGCUCACAAAGUGGCUAUACAAUUCCCUAA